UUUAUCUGCUGCCGAUAUUAAUAGAAGAAUGAAUAUGAAAAUACUACUAAAUAUCUGCCUUCGGAUUGUUCUGUUGCUUUCGUUUGAGCAAAUGCUGAAAGAUGUGGCUGCAGGCAGAAGUCCAACUUCUCUUGAAACUGACUCCUCAGUUGCUGAUGCAAACCUGAUGUUUGAGUUCUUGCUGGGUGGGUUGGAGCUCGACAGUGACAACAACAUCGUCAUGCUCGAUAAGGAGAUGGCAUCAAUGAGGCAGGGGCGGGCUUUUCUGUCCCAGAUCAAUGACAACUUUCCCAAAAGUCUGAGCUCCAUGGUGCAGAUGGUGACCAUACUGAGUGGUGAGAGGAGGGAGAAGCCGCUGACGCAGGAUCAGUUUGACAAUCUUGUCCUGAGCAUGGUGUACUCCGCCCAGCAGGCCAAGCAUCAGGAAGGAAACCUGGAGCAGGAGGCCUGGGGCGUGGUGCUCCUCCAGUUGGCAAAUGUCACCGUGCAUGAACUACGUGGAGGUUAUCUCUUCAAUUAUGCGUGAUACAUACACUUCCACUGUGUAUGAGAUAACGGUGUGUGCAAUGAAUUCCCUGCCUUAAAUCUUUCUCUAAUGUGUAUUCAUAAUCAACUCAAGCAUGUAUGAAACAUAACCAUUUUUAUUAUAGCACAGUAUAAAAACAUACAAAGAGCUCAAGUUUGAAACUGCUUUUAAAAGAACAUCAGAAACACUUUUUAAACAUUCAAUCCCUGAAGUUAGAAACACAAUGAGCAGUAAACAAAGAAAUAUAUACAUUUUUAUGAUCCAUGAGACUAUAGAGUUCAACGGUUCUCAACCAGGGGUCCCUGAGGGAGUUCCAGGGGGGCUCCAGAAAGAUGGGGAAUGGUUUAGAAGUGUAGAUAUGAGUCCAAUGUGAGUAAGAGUCAUUAAAGUGACUAUUCUCACAGGGUUCAC